CGUACACAAUAAAAAAUUAAUGUGUUGAGCCAGUGAAUUUGCUUCUCAGGUGGCCGGCUUGUUUAGCUACAAUUAAUUAAUUAAUGGUGGAGAUGAAAGUGAGUGAUGAGCAGUAAUAGAAAGGAAUCAGAAGAAGAAGAGUUAAGGCGUCUGGAGAGAAACAGAGUUGCCUUUGAAGCUUGGGUGCAGAAGAAAAAAGAAGAGAAAAAGGGUAAAUUGGCAAUGGAGCAAGCAGCUCAAAGAGAGCAGGCAGCGAGUCGGAGGCAGCAAAGAGAUGUUGGAAGACUAGCAUUUCAACGCUGGCUCAAGACGAAACAAAAUGAAGACUCUAUGAAGAUGAAAGAAAAGGCUUAUCUGAACCAAGUGGAAAAGCUGAGACAACAGAGCAAAGCUGAGGAACAGAGGAGAGCAAAGGAUAAGGUUGAAAUGUGGAGGACGCAGAAAGACUUUGAGACUCGUCUUCAGAGAGAGAAUGAGAGACAGAUGACAAAAAUGCUAGCAUAUUCUCCAAGAGAGUCAACUCCCAGUCUGCCUGGCUAUGUGAGCGUGUGGUCAUGUGACAGCGAACUGGCUGAAUUUAUGGUGGAUAGAGUUGACAGAGGUUCACAUCUCCUCUCACACACUGGACCCAACACAGACUCUCAACCAUCAGACUCACCCAUCACAAUAGCUUGACUGUUUCUAAUUUUGUUGUGUUUUUGUAAUACCUAGGUUUGUACUAUAACAUUUUGAGAGAGAGAAAGCAUUGUGUGCUGCAGCACUGUGAAGGCUGGAGCUAGCUGAGCCCCACCCUCACAUUUAGAUAAAUAA